UAAAAACAAGAAAAGAAAUAAUAAUGGAGACGGAGUCUGAGUUUAUCAACAAAUACCAUAUGCAGCUAGAUGUUGGAGCUAAUCAGUGCUCUUCUAUUCUCACUAAACAUAUCAAAGCUCCUGUUCAUAUUGUUUGGUCUUUAGUAAGGAGGUUUGAUCAACCCCAGAAGUAUAAGCCAUUUGUAAGCGAAUGCAUACUAACAGGUGAUUUUAAAGUUGGAACUGUUAGAGAAGUUAAUGUUAGAUCAGGACUCCCUGCAACUACUAGCACCGAAAUAUUGGAGCUUCUUGAUGAUGAACAGCAUAUUUUUGGCGUCAGAAUUAUGGGCGGUGAUCAUAGAUUAAGGAAUUACACGUCGAAAAUAACAGUACACCCCGAAAAAAUCGAUGGGAAGCCGGGGACAUUACUGAUCGAGUCAUUCGUAGUGGACAUUCCUGAUGGGAACACGAGAGAGGAAACCUACUGCUUUGUUCAGUCACUUAUCAAUUGCAACCAUAAUUGUUUAGCUGAAGUCUCUGAAAAAAUGGCAUUGCACAGCGGUAACUCUGGACAGAACAAUCCUGCAGAAGAUUGAUUUUUUAAUCCUAUGAUUUAUGAUCUAUGUAUGCUUUAGAUUUUAGGUUACUGCCUCAUCAAUCAUUGAUUCAUCAAUUGUUUAAUUUGGCUACUCUUAGUAGAGAUUAAUUAAUUUUAAUUGUGAACUAUGCACUAAUUUAUUUUUAUCUUGUUUGUAUGAAACUUAUUAAUGGAGUCAGUUGUACAUGGUGCAUUACUUCA